AUGGAAACUCAAUUUCCACAUCCUCAAUGGUUUAAUACUUUUUUGAAUCAAGACUCUGUUCAAAAUGUUUUAAAUAAUACCAAAAUCAUUAGUGAAUAUUGGAGAUCAGUUUUAUUAAAUCCAAAUAUCAAUGACAAAGUUUUUGAAAUUUAUUCCCUGAUAAGUUAUCAAACAAUGAUAAACAACCAGAAAUUUAUAGAUCAAAUUUUAGAUGAAUCAAUUAGUGCAGAACUAAGAAUUAUAAAACUAAUAUUUCCAAAUAGUCUACCGAUUAAUUUAUCAGAACCUAAGAUACAAUUAAAAUUUAAUACUUUAGAAGAAUACGAAACUUGGUUUAUUUUAGUUAGGAAAAUAUCACCAGUUAAUGUAAAAGAGAAGAGAAAACCAGCCACCAAGUACAAAUGGACAGAAAGUUAUGUUUGUGAAUGUGCUGGUAGUUAUGAAUCUGUUCAAAAAAUUAGAAAAGCUUCAGAAACUAAAAGAUGUAAUUGUUCAUAUCGUAUAAGUGCACAUGCUAGUAAAAUUGAUGACUCAAUUACAGUUAAUUGGCAAUUUGUCCACAAUACUCACCAUAUAUUAACUAGACCACAUAUUAAAAAAGUCAAAAGAGCUUACAAAAAAACAAAUCCAGAUUUUGAUACUGCUUUUGAAAUUGAUAAUUAUGAAAAUACUCCAGAACAAGAAGGUGGUCUAGAUAAAUUGAGAGAAGUUCAAUUUAGUAUUGCCGAUGCAAAUUCAAUGGUACCAACAGGAACAAAAAUUGAAGAAAGUAUGGGAAUCGUAGAUAACUUGUAUCAAAAUUUAAAGUCAAUUGGAGGUGUUCCAUUACAUUAUAGAAAUGAUAUUCAUAAUUUACUACUACAACAACAAUUCGUACUUCGAAGAGCUAUAGAAGAUAGAUUAAGAGAAAAUAAUAAUGUACAUCCUCGAUAA